UGUUUUUUUACAAAUCCGCGUGCAGGCUAAUCUGCAAUCUCUGGUUAACUAUUGUUUACCGUCUGUGUGUGGAACAAAAUGAGCAUUGUAAACGGGUUCUUUCGGGUGCAGAAGUUAAUGCGCCCAUCGGUUACCCUAGCCCGGUGCUUACUUCCUGCUACCGGCCAUCUUUCGCAUCGGACGAUAAGCACACCGCCCGGUCUAGGCGUCGGUCAUCCGCGAUGGAACACAUCGGUAAAUCGGUCGCUUAGCACGAAGGUGGCCGAGGAGGGCUACCACUCGAUCAUCCGUGACGGAGAAAAGGGUGUCGGAUCGAGUGAUAAGCACGAGUUCCAGGCGGAAACGCGCAUGCUACUAGACAUCGUUGCACGGUCCCUGUACUCCGACAAGGAAGUGUUUGUCCGCGAGCUUGUUUCGAACGCUAGCGAUGCGCUGGAAAAGUUCCGCUUUCUCGUGCAAUCGUCACCGGAAGGGGCCAGCGAGUAUGCCGAGUGCGACCGGGCGCUAGAGAUACACAUCGGCACCAACAAGCAGGAUCGACAGCUGACACUCCAGGACACGGGUAUCGGUAUGACAAGGGAGGAACUGAUCGCCAACCUGGGAACGAUCGCGCGCUCCGGCUCGAAGCACUUCAUCGAGCAGCUCAAGGAAAGCGGUCGUGGAUCGCAGGAGAACGUGCAGAACAUCAUCGGCCAGUUCGGUGUCGGAUUCUACUCCGCGUUUAUGGUGGCCGACCGGGUUGAUGUGUACACGCGCUCGGCUCGCACCGGUUCCCCCGGGUUGAAGUGGUCAUCCGAUGGGUCCGGUACGUUCGAAAUUCAGGAAGCGGAAGGAGUGGCCAUAGGGACGAAGAUUGUGAUUCACCUGAAGGCGGACUGCCGGGAGUUCGCGGAUGAGGAUCGAAUCCGGGAGGUAAUCCGGCGGUACAGCAACUUCGUCGGUAGUCCCAUCUUCCUGAACGGCAAGCAGGCGAAUCAGAUACAACCGAUCUGGCUGAUGGAACCGAAGCAGGUCACUCCCGAGCAGCACAACGAAUUCUACCGGUUCGUAGGCAACACGUUCGACACACCACGUUUUACGCUGCACUACAAAACCGACGUACCGUUGAGUAUCCGCGCGUUGCUUUACUUCCCCGAGGGUAAACCGGGACUGUUCGAGAUGUCACGGGACGCGGACGGUGGUGUGGCACUCUACACGCGCAAGGUACUGAUCCAGUCGAAGACGGAAAACCUGCUGCCCAAGUGGCUUCGUUUUCUCAAGGGUGUCGUCGAUUCGGAGGACAUUCCGCUUAAUCUGAGUCGUGAAUUGCUGCAGAACAGUUCGCUCAUCCGCAAGCUGCGUAUUGCGCUGACGAAUCGUACGCUGCGCUUUUUGCACGAUCGUUCCCAGAAGGAACCGGAAAGCUACGACAAGUUCUACCGGGACUAUGGACUGUUCCUCAAGGAGGGUAUCGUGACCAGCCAGGAGCAGCAGGAAAAGGAGGAGAUCGCCAAAUUGCUACGGUUCGAGACGAGUCGCGAGCCAAACCGGACCGUUUCGUUACCCGAGUACUGCCAGGGCCAGGCGGAAGGACAAAAGGACAUCUACUACUUAGCCGCACCGAACCGAACCCUCGCCGAAGCAUCCCCGUACUACGAGUCACUCAAGAAGCGCGGCAUCGAGGUGCUUUUCUGCUACGAGGCGUACGAUGAGCUGGUUCUGAUGCAGCUCGGCAUGUUCCUCGGGAAGAAUCUCAUCUCGGUCGAGAAGGAAAUGCGUCGUUCGGAUGCGACCUCCACCGCCGACCAGGAUGGACUGCUCGAGGGUUCGCUGCUGAAGACUCAGAUCGACGAAUUGCUGCCCUGGAUUAAGCAGAGGCUCGCCGGCAAGGUGUCGAACGUCAAGACAACCGGCAAGCUCGAUUCGCACCCGUGCGUAGUAACGGUCGAGGAGAUGGCCGCCGCACGGCACUUCAUCAAAACGCAAAGCCAUAACAUGAGCGAAGAGAAUCGCUACGCACUUCUACAACCUCAGUUUGAAAUCAAUCCUAAACAUCCAAUUAUCAAAAAGCUACACAAACUGACGACCAGCGAUCCGGAGCUAGCAGAACUGCUGGCAAAUCAACUCUUCUCCAACGCCAUGGUCGGGGCCGGUUUAGUCGACGACCCGCGGAUGCUGUUGACCAGCAUGAACGAUUUGCUCCAGAAGGUACUUGACAAGCACUAAAAAGGCACGCAUGGGGCGGUAUGCCGGACUGUUGUUUGGUUUGUUUCUUAUUUUCCUUUCUACUUCUAAGCUAGGCGAUA